GGUCGCGGCUGCAGCGCGGUGGUCGGCAUGUCCGCGGCGCGUGGGGACACGGGGGGAGAGGGCACUGCUGCUGCCGGCUCCUUCAGCUUCAGCCCGGAGCCCACGCUUGAGGACAUCCGCCGCCUCCAUGCUGAAUUUGCUGCUGAACGAGACUGGGACCAGUUCCACCAACCUCGGAACCUCCUCCUGGCCUUGGUUGGGGAAGUGGGGGAGCUGGCAGAGCUCUUUCAGUGGAAGCCUGAUGAGAAGCCUGGCCCCCAAGCCUGGCCCCCCAAGGAACGAGCAGCCCUUCAAGAGGAGCUCAGUGAUGUCCUCAUCUACCUGGUAGCAUUAGCAGCCCGCUGCCGUGUGGAUCUGCCCCAAGCAGUGCUCUCCAAGAUGGACACCAACCGGCGACGCUACCCCGCACAUCUGUCCCGCGGCUCCGCCCGCAAGUAUACAGACUUGCCCCAUGGGGCCACCUCUGAAGACCAGUCAAUGGGGCCUGCAGACCUUGCCUGUGAGUCUGCGGGCCAGGCUUCAACCUAGAAACAUGGACACAGGACCUGCAACUCAGCAUGGCAUCUGAGGAGCAGAAACCUCUGGCCAUGAAAUCUUGUUCUAGUCCUUUCCUAACAGAUCAUGGGCCUGGAGGCCCUACUUCCUGAGGUCUAGGGCCCAAGAACCUCCAGGAGACAGCCUCCUGGUAUUUUCUCCCUCAAUAAAAGUUUUGGUUAGCAACU